AUGAACCAGCUGACAUUUGAGAGGGAGAACCGUGAGCGUAUCCAGGCCGUGGAGAACUCAUUCGGCCCAUCGGGAAGGCCCCUGUCCAAGCUGGGCCGGGUUCUGGUGGGAGAGGGCCGUCUGUAUAAGCAAGGUCGCAAGAAGCGUCAGCCGAAGGCCUUCUUCCUCUUCAACGAUGUGCUGGUGUACGGCAGUGUCAUUCUGAACGGCCACUGGUACAAGAAACAGAAGAUCAUCCCUCUGGAGGACAUCCAGCUGGAGGACAUGGAGGAUGGUGUACUGAUGAACCAGUGGCUGAUCCGCACACCACGCAAAUCCUUUCUUGUGUCUGCCCCUUCGUACGAGGAGAAGCAGGCCUGGAUGAACCACAUCCAAGAGUGCCGGUCCAGCUGGUUGCAAGGCAGCAGCUGCCAACCUGGCUCCAACUUUGCUGUUUCCUGGAUUCCAGACCAGGCUGCCUACAAAUGCAUGCGGUGUCUCGACAAGUUCACUACAACCAGGCGUCGACAUCACUGCCGAAAAUGUGGCUUUUUGGUCUGUAAUUCAUGCUCCAAGCAGCGAGAAGUGAUAGACCACAUUCACCCCACCAAGCAGCAGAGGGUGUGCAUCCUCUGCCACGUGAGAAGCCAAGGCCAGAGCAGAGACAACACGAGGAACAGUAGCUCAGAGGAUGACCUCGCUACAUCCAGUGAUGAAGAGGAAAUGAUGCAUAUUCCCAGCAGCUGGCACACAAACACCUACGCUUACCCAAAACCCAUGCAUCAUCGCUUCAAUAUGAUAUAGUCACAUCAUGACGUCAUCUCUCAGACAUAAUGGACUGUAUUAUAACAAAGAGAACUGGACUUUUGUUUGGAAUCAGACGACCAGGAAAUGUUGACACACAGCUGAUCUGACUAAAUACAGAGAAAACGAGAAGAACGUAUUUUAUUUGUACAUAUUUACUGCUGCUGUCAUUGCAGCACUUUUUACUUUGUUGUGAAGUAGCCACAGAUCACUUUUCUAUCUUCUCUGAGUGUAAAUGAUGCCAGAGGGUGUCGAGAAG